AUGGCAAAUGCCCUUGGUGGUGUAAAGUUGAACUCAAAAGAGGCUUGUGAAAAGUGGCUGUCCGAGUUCUUCGCAAAUAAGGAGGGGGGCUUCUACGAGGGAGUCUUAUUCUCUUGGCUAAAUAGUUUAAAGUUGAUCGCCUUCGCAUGCCUUUUGGCUGGAGCUUACGCAGGAGGAUAUGGUUUGACCGGACAUGGAGGUGGACAUGGAGCAGUCCUCGUAGCACAUGCCGCCCCAGUUGUACAUAAGGCUGAAGUAGAAUCAGUUGACCUGCAUCCAAAAUACUCUUUCUCUUAUGGAGUAGAUGACCCACACACCGGAGACCACAAGGGAGCCGAAGAACACCGUGAUGGCAAAUCCGUCCAUGGAUCAUACUGGCUGAAGGAAGCCGAUGGCAGCAAACGUGUUGUUCAAUACCACUCUGACCCACACAACGGAUUCAACGCCGUAGUAUCCAGACAACACAACGUGCACCCAUCUGGAAAUGAUUCUUGUCGGUGGUUGUUGUCUGAUGGUCGCUUUAAGAGAGAUAGAGAUUGGCAGCCUUAUGGCUGUAUGAUGCAUCAUUAUACUCAAACGGACACACGCCAUUGUUUUCGUUAUCUAGCAUUUUGGGGAAUGCAUAAUCAUUUUGUAUUUAUUGGAGAUUCUCGAAUACAUCAGUAUUAUGUUGCAUUUGUAGAUCAUGUAAAAUUAUCACCUAAAAGUAGUCCAUCAUCGAAAGAUUCAUUUUUGAAUGAUACAAAUUUAUCUUAUAUGGAUACAAAGCUUCGUCUCAAGGUAGAUUAUAUUCAUACCCCAUAUGUAUCUACAAAAAUGAUAGAUCAGUUUAAUAAAUGGAAGAAAGAUGAAGAUCCUCCUACAGUAAUAGUAACAGGCACAGCUUACCCAACUAUUCUACUUUAUAAUGGAAGCACACAAGCUCCUAAAGAUUAUGCCAUGAAUCUCACACGAUUAGUGCAAUCUAUUGAUAAAUUACAUGAGAAAAAGACUGCUGUUUUAUGGAUUCCACAGAGUGCUGUUGAUAGUAAUAAGUUAUUGAAAAAAUAUAAAGCAAUUACCAAUGAACAAAUAGAUUUAUAUAAUAGUGCUGCAUUAGAUAUUUUAAGUCAUUCAUCAGCUGCAAUAUGGUCAUCUGCUUCUUUGUUGACUUCAAAUUUAAUAGAUUUCAGUUUGGAUGGUCUGCAUGCUCCAUCGUUAGCUUUGCGGCAUAUAACUCAGAUAUUAUUAAAUAUGUAUUGCAAUGAUCAUAUGAAUUAUAAUGAUGGAACAUGCUGCAGCAGCCCAGAGCAAUAUACUAUUAUUCAAGCAAUAACCUUUGCUAUUUUAGGGAUUUGUGUCAUUCUGUGUUCUGCUUUGACUCUUAGAAGAUUGUACCGGCAUUACAGUGGUUCUAAGCCUGAUUACAUUUUACUCUCCUCUAAUGGAGAUUCAACAGUUUCAAGCAACUCUUACAAAGAACCAAUUCUUGCACUUGCAAGUCUAUCUCUCAUCAUGAUCUAUUUCUACAUAUGUGACAGAACAAAUUUCUUUAUGAAAGAAAAUAAAUACUACAGUGAAUUCAGUUUCUGGAUACCAGUGGGAUAUAUGUUUACAUUAGGAAUAUUUUUCACCGAAAACAGUAAGUUUACUAAAGUUUUACACAGUGAUCAAACAUCUGAACUAAAGGGUUGGAUGCAAUUAGUAAUUUUAAUUUAUCAUAUGACUGGUGCAAGUAAAGUUUUACCUAUUUACAUGCAUAUCAAAGUUUUAAUUAGUGGUUAUUUAUUUAUUUCGGGUUAUGAACACUUUUGCUAUAUUUGGCAAACAGGCAACGCUGGUCUUGUUCGUAUGUUUCAAGUACUGUUUAAGAUCAAUUUUAUGACUGUUGUUCUAUGUUUAUGUAUGAAUAGGCCAUAUCAGUUUUAUUAUUAUGUUCCUUUGGUUUCAUUUUGGUUUUUCUUGGUAUAUUUGAUAUUAGCAGUACCACCAUAUAUCACAAAUCAUUCGACAGAAACUCAUCCUUAUCAAUAUUUAAAUUUAGUUUUAAAACUAAUUGCUUUGUUUAGUAUUAUUACGAUUUUAUAUAUGUCUGAAGUUUUCUUUGAGAAAAUAUUUGUUACUCGACCUUGGAAAGCAUUGUUUGUAACUACUGAUGAUGAUAUUAGAGAAUGGUGGUAUAGAUGGAAACUUGAUAGGUAUUCAAUGGCAUAUGGUGUUGUAUUUGCUGCAGUAUUUCUUAUUGCACAAAAAUUCAAUUUAAUUAAUGAUAAUAACCACGGCAAUUUAUUUUCAAGAGGAAUAGCAUUAAGUGCUAUUUUAAUAGCUUUCAUAUUUAUUGGAAUUUAUACUACAUUUACUUUUCUUUGUCAUAAUAAAGAAGAAUGUGAAGAGGUACAUAGUUACAUAGUUUUCUUACCGAUAAUAGGUUACAUAAUUUUAAGAAAUAUAUCAGGUUUUCUCAGAACUCGGUAUUCAAGCUUAUUUGCUUGGUUUGGCAAUAUCUCAACAGAGUUGUUUGUGUGCCAAUAUCAUAUUUGGUUAGCAGCAGAUACACACGGUGUGUUAGUAUUAAUUCCAAGUUAUCCUAUGUUGAAUGUUAUUGUAACAUCUUUUAUUUUUAUUUGCGUUUCUUAUGAAGUACACAGAAUUACAACUAUAUUACAACCAUAUGCAGUGCCAACUGAUUGGAAAUUAGUUGUGCGUAAUGUAAUUUUAUUUUUGGCUGUGUUAGUUCCUAUAGGAAUCCAUGAUGGUAUGUUUUAAUAUUUACAUCGAACAGCAUGAAAUGCAAAUUAUGCUGUUAAAAUUGUUUGU